AUGGCAAAUAUUAAUAAUUCAAAAUUAAUAUCUAAUGAUAAAGAACAAAGCGAAAAUACAAAAUCGAAAAAAAUGGUAUUUAUCACAUCAGUUGAUGAUGAUAAUGAUAAUAUUCUUUCAUGUUUGAAGUCAACAAAUGUUGAUACAUUUAUUAUUGACUUAAAUAAUACAAAUCUAAUGAAUGAAUAUCGAAUUAAUAAUAAAACUACUCAACAAUUUGUAUCUCAAUCAGAACAAGAAAUAUCAGUUGAUAUUCCGAAAAAUACAAAUAAAAAAAAACGUAAAGCUGAUUUAACAUGCGUUAUUUGUGGAGGUCAAGCUGUUGGUUAUAAUUUUAGUCAAAUAUCAUGUGAAUCUUGUAAAGCAUUUUUUCGUCGUCAUGCUUUUCAAUCGAUUGAAAAAGCAAAAUGUAUUAAUUAUAAUGAUAAUGACUUUAAAGUUCGAUGUAACAUUGCAUAUAAUGUUAAAAAUAAAUGUCAACGUUGUCGAUUGCUUAAAUGUUUUCAAGAAGGUAUGCGUAGAGAUUUUAUUUUAAGUCCCGAAGAAAAACAAUUAAAAAAACAACGUUUGGAAGAAAAUCGUCAAUUACGUUCUACAUUAAUUAAUAAUAAUAAUAAUAAUAAUAAUAAUAAAAGUAAGAAUAUUAUAGAAUCUAUAACAACAAAUCAAAAAAAUAAAUCAGUUUAUAAUGUUGGUUCAUAUUCAUCUAAACUUCUUACCGAAACUGAUCGGUUAUGUUUAUUACAUAUUCAAAAAGCUUAUUUUUCUGCAUCUCAAUCAACACCAUCAGCUUCCUCUGUUAUUUCAUGUGAAUUAGCAUCUGAUAAAAUGUCUACAUUUAUAAAUACAAUUGAUAUACAAAAAUUUACUGCAAUUAAAUUAAUUAAUUUUCUUCGAGAAAUACCCGAAUUUAAACAACUUGAUGAAGAUAAUCGUUUAAUACUUGUUAAGUAUAAUUUAACAUUACUUUUUUUUAUGUAUCAUUCAUUAAAUUUCGAUUCUGUACGUGAAAUAUUUUAUGAUCUUGAUACUGGUGAUACUGUUUCACCAAAUGAGGAAGCAUUUGCUCAAUAUCGUAAAAGUUUAUUUAUUCUCUGUUAUGGUUAUGAAUUUAAUAAAACUGUUAUGUCUAUUUUUCAUGUUCUUGCUAAUAUAAUUAACAAAGAUCCUAUUAUAAUUCAAUUACUUAUGCUUAUUAUGAUUUUUUCAAAAGGUUUAUCAGCUAAUGAUGAUCACGAACCACUUUUAAAUGAUGAAAAACAUGUAUUCUAUGCUCAAUCAAAAUAUACUGAUUUACUAUUUCGAUAUUUAAUGGAACAAUCAUCGUUUGAAGUAGUCAUAAUGAAAAUCACACAUAUUAUUGAACAAUUAUUAAAAAUUCAAAAAGUUUCAAGAGAUUUUCGACAAUAUAUUAGGAGUAAUAUUGAUGUAACGCAUGUUAAUCCAUUGAUGAAAUCACUUCUUCAUCUUACAUAA